AUGGAGGAGGGCACAAACAUUAUGGAGCAUGCCAGUGCCUUUAACAGGUGUAUUGCGGACUUGCAAAGAGUGUAUGAGGUUUAUAAGUCAGAAGACAAGGCUGUGAUGUUGUUGACAUCCUUGCCUCCAUUUUAUAAGCUCUUCCGCAUGACGCAUAUGUUCAGCAACAGAACUUUCAAUUAUGAAGUGGUCAUGCAAGACAUACUGAUACGUGACAGGAUGCUUCAACAUUCCUGA